AUGCCUUUUGCGCUUCGCGAGGCCGGCUUUGGCUUUGGUAUUUGCCUGAUUGUGAUCAUGGGAUACAUUACCGACUUUAGUGUGCGAACGCUCGUGGCUAGCGGGCUUGCUUGUAACAAACCCGUCUAUCAGGACAUGGUGCUGGUGGCCACGGGCAAAUGGGGCUUCAAUGCUCUCUCCUUUGGCCAAUUCUUCUUCCCCAUCUUUGGAAUGAUUGCCUACGGCAUCAUCGUGGGCCAGACAUUGCCCAAGGUGUUUCACGCCAUUUGGGGCCAAAGCUUCUUGGACGAUCGCCAUGCCGUCAUUGCCAUCUUCACCCUGGUCCUGAUGAUGCCGCUCUCCAUGCAAAAGGCGAUCGGCGUCAUGGCCUUUGCCUAUGUCAUGCAUCAUAACGCCUUUUUGAUUUAUGCCUCGCUCAAGGAUACCUCGAUGAAAAAUCUCAUGCUCAAUGUCAAACCCAGAUUUGCCAAGGUGACCCACCUUUCUGUUGUGGUCGCGGCCACCAUGAGCAUCGCUCUGGGCGUGGGCGGAUUCUAUCCUUUCGGACACGAAACCAAAGAUGACGUGCUGGACAACUUUGCGGACGACAACUCGGCAGCCAACGCGGCGCGAUUCUUUUUUGCUCUCGCUAUCAUGUUGACGUAUCCCAUCGAGUGUUUUGUUGCGCGCGAGGUUAUUGAGAAUUACUUCUUCUCGGAGCAGCAGCCUCCGAGUGACUUGCGACACUAUACCGUGUCGGCGGGAAUUUGUCUGUUUUGCAUGUCCGUCUCGAUGAUUUUUGAGGAUCUAGGAGUGGUGCUGGAGCUCAAUGGUAUCGUCAAUGCCAACUUGAUUGCGUUUAUCCUUCCUGGCUUGUCCGGGGCCAUCCUUCUGGAAGGAGAUCGAUGGUAUAAGGGCCAGCGGCUUGGGCCUUCAAUCCUGGCCGGCUUUGGCUUUGUGCUUUUAAUCUUUGGUGUUAUUCUUGUGAUCCUCGAACAGACCGACACGGCCUAG